AUGGAGCCCGAGUCAUCAGUCGUGCUGAGGGCGCCUGGCGUGUCGCAAAAUGACCAAUGGUCGCAAACCUCUUCUUAUCAAUCGCCCAGCCUCUCGUUUUUGCAAGGCACUUGGCACGUCACUCACAGCACUCUGCCCAUGUGGAAGUCAAAGCGCAAUGUUCAGAUCACAUACACAGCACUCCCGCCAUCGACAGCUGACGCAAAGCUAGACCAGACGGACCGCCUGGACGACGUCGUGUCUUAUCAAGGGCUAGAUUCAGACAAGUUGCACACGGUUCACGGCGUGGACAAGGCUAGUGGCGGUAUUGGAGUGACAGAUGUCUGGGACUGGCGUGGAAAAGGAUGGCUCAUGAUUGCUAGCAGUCACUGGGAAGUUCUGGGGUGGGCAGACAAGGGAGCCAGUCAAGACAGCUGGGUCGUCACAUAUUUCGCAAAGACGCUGUUCACGCCCGCAGGAAUCGACUUUUACAGCAGACGCAAAGAAGGGCUGAGUGAGCAGACAAUCCAGGACAUCAAGGCAGCGCUGAGUCGCGUGGACAAUGAAGAUGUUCGUCGCUUGUCGAGCGAAGUGUUUGAGGUGAGGACGGACCACUCGGCACAGGGAGAUGCAUAG